AAUUUCACCGCGUUCGUGUCAUUUGCUAGCUACGCUAGCUUCAGUGCUGUUACGCUUGCUUCUCAAGAAUAAUAAUAAAAAGGAAUUUUCUCGCAACAGUUUCAAGAUGACAUCUAGGAAAAGUGAAACCCUGGCCUCAUCCCUCAUCUCUGGCAUAAAUAUGUCCAUGGCACAGCUGGUGGACAUAUGGGAUGGCAUCGGCAUCAUGGAGGAGCAGAGAGUUGAGCGGAUGCUGACUGUUAAGAAAUACAUAGAGGAUCUUUUAAGGGAUAUGAUCAAAGAGGAGGAGUCACUGAGGCACAGAAUCAAAUCAAGCAUCACGAUCUCUCAGAAGCAGCUUGAAGCAUUAUGUGAGGAAAUGAAGGAAGACCCGUAUAAGGCGGAAGAGGGCCUGUCCAUCCUGCAGACGGAGAAGAACCUGCGUUAUCGUCUGGAGGCACUGCAGAAGGAGAAGAACGACCGCUUGAGGGACCUGAAGGCUCUGCAGCUGGAGGACGAAGAGUUGUGUAUCCAGCUGUGUUCCACACCCUACUACGUGCCGUCCAACACCGUGCCCUCCCAUCAGCAGCUGAAGGCUGUGCGGGAGCACAUCCAGGACCUCACUGCGGAGAGGAGGAGCAGGCUGGCUGUGUUCACAGCGCUCCGUAAAGACAUCGCGUUUCUGACCGGUGAGAUGGGGCACGACCCAGACACCAGCCUGGAGAGGGAGGCCGUGAGUGACGACCCAGAUGUGUUUCUGCUGACUCAUGACAACAUCAAAGCUCUUCAGCUGCUGGUUGGACAGCUGGAAGUGAAGAAGGGGUCUUUGAUCUCAACUCGAGACAAGCUGAAGGAACGAGCCAUGAGCCUGUGGAGCCGUUUGGAUUGCCCCGAGAAAGAUGGCGGAUUCCCGCUGGACACUCAAGGGACCCUCACUAAUGAUAUCUCACGGUGGCAGAAUGAGGUAGACCGUCUGGAGGAGCUGCAGAAAGCCCGUUUGGAGGACGUCAUCGAGAAGGCCCGACUGGAGCUGAUGGACAUGUGGGACAAGUGCCUGUUUGGACCAGAACAGAGGGAGGCCUUCAACUGCUACUUCUGUGACGUUAAUUACACCGAGGAGCUUCUGCUGUUGCACGACGCUGAGCUGGUGAAACUGAAGGAGUACCAAGAGAAAGCUCGCCCCCUCCUGGAAGCUCUGGAGAAGUGGGAGAAGAACUGGGUCCUCUUUCAGGACUUUGAGAGGAAGGCGUCUGAUCCAAGCAGAUUCUCCAACAGAGGAGGAGCGCUGCUCAAGGAGACCAAGGAGAGAGCCAAAGUCCAGAAGAUGCUCCCAAAGCUUGAGGAGGAGAUGAAGGGAGCAGUGGAUGCCUGGGAGAAGAGUCAGGGUUCGGUGUUCCUGGUGCAAGGACACAAGCUCAUGGACUACAUCUCCGCUCAGAGAGAGGAGUACAAACAGCAAAAGGACAAAGAGAAGAAUGAGCGGAUGACCAAGAAGACGGAGACCACUUCCUUUAAGACUCCCACCAAAAGGCCCCCAACAGGCGCAUCUGGAGCCACCCCCAACAAGACCAGAAAGCAGACGCCCAAUCAGACGGUGUUGCGCAGCACCAGCACCAUCAGCAGUGCUUCGUCCACCUACCUGUCUGUGGCCUCGGGGAAGCCUCCAGUGGGCUCCGGGAAGAAAAACAAGAUGCUUGAAACCAGCCUCAGAACACCUCUCCAGGUAUUCAACUGCACAGCUGAGCAAAUACCUGGCAUCACCUACUCGGACUUCACGAGUGAACUCUCUAAGAAGGCCAGUCAAGAAGCCAUUCUCAAUAGCACCGUACUGCUGGAUGUGGAGAAGGGAAACUAGAGGGGGAGAGCCCUCCCCUCGGAGUAAGCCCAGACUCCUUUUCUUUUAAAGAACAUGUCUGAACGGAGGGGAGUGGGGAAGGAGAAUCAUGGUUGCUGUAUGUCAGGCUGAAUUUUGACCACUUCAGGAAUCUAGAAUUCUUCGAGGUAUGUAGGGGUGCUUCCAAUGAGGACCUUGUGGUAUGCUGUGCCUUCCAAAUACGAUGUACUGUUUGCUAUUGAAAUCCACAUAUUUACUUAUCUUUUGCCAUCAACAUUUCCCACUUUGAAUGAGACUAUACCCACGGUCAUUUUGUUUGUGCUUGUGUGUCUUUGUAUUUGUUUACAUGUCCUUUACUUGUAUAUAUUUAUCUUUCAAAGAACUGUUACAAGAGUCUGUUUUUUUAAAACAAAGGGAUGGGGGCCAGGGCAUUUCUUGUACUCUGUUUUGCACAUAGAAUAUGAAACAUUUAUCUUGCUCCUUCAUAUACAGUAGAAUAACUGAAUAAAUAUGAUAUAUUUUCAAUUGAAAAAUAAAAUCAUUCUCGUCCUGUUU